GAACCACACGUGUAGCGGCACAUCACAACCACAACAUGGGGAAACGAAGGCAGAAUCAACAGCUUUACACAAAUUUAACUAAAAAACAAAAGAAACACUUGAAGGAAUUUGGAGAAGAGCAUCCGUUCCACGACAUAGUAAAUGAAAGAUCUGAAAGGACUGAAAUAGUGGAACUGCCAUCAAGCCCAGAACAGUCUGAUGCAGAUCCAGAAGAGCUGGAAGAAGAAGAAGAUGAGGAAGAGCCAGAGCAGAAAACAGCCUAUCAGAAGCUCCUUUCAACUCUGAGUCAACCCACUCGUGAUGGCCAGAGUGAAGAGGAGGAAAGCACAGAGGAUGAAGAGGAGGAGCUCCUUGAUGAAGAGGAAAGUGAUGGAGCUGGAGAUGGAAGUGAGGGUGAUGAAGAUUAUGUGAAGGGGGAAGAGGAACUUGGAGAAGCACACGAAGAGGAAGAGGAGGAGAAGAAGGCAGGAAAUGAGUUUGUGGAUAAGGAGCAUGAGUCUGAGUUCUGUCUGGAGACCAACUUCACGGACAAAGGAGAACAAGAGGAAGCUGAACAAUCUGCACAUCAUGACAACAGUAAAGACAUGUUUUCCCAGCAUCUGGAUACAGAGCUUACUGAAGAGGAUGUACAGAAAAUAAACUGUAGCUCUAAAUCCAAGACUCAGAUUGUGUGGCCUAAAUUGGGAACUCUUCUUUGCACAAGUCCUCUUGAGAAGUUUGGCCCCAUUGGCCUGCAGAAAGACACAAAUCUUCCAGUUUUCCACAAACUUUUGGAGACCCGCUGGAAGGAUCUGAACCAGAUCUCCAAUCCUACAGCAGCAGCUGAGGAGGUCAGCCCUCUCCAGCUGGAGCUGCUGGCUCUCAUGGGCACUUAUAAGGAUCUGUAUCAUCCAGAGACAUGUCCUCUGAAGCAGGGCCCACAUGUGCGCAGUGCAUACUGCCUCCAUGUGCUCAAUCAUGUCCUGAAGGCUAAUUCUCAAGUCCUAUCUCACAACGCCCAGCUAAGAGAGCAGAAAACUAAGGUUAAAGCUGGAGCUGAGCCACAGGAUGAACCCAGAGACCAAGGACUGACCAGACCCAAGGUUCUGAUUCUGGUUCCAUUUCGGGGCAGCGCACUGCAAGUCGUCCACACGCUCAUCAGCCUGCUAGAGACCAAAGGCAGGAAGAUUGCAGUCAGUAACAAAAAGAAGUUCAAAGAGGAGUUUGGAGAGGAGGUGGAUGACAAGCCGCCCAACCUGCGCAGACCAGAUGAUUAUCAGGCCAUUUUUUCUGGCAAUGUGGAUGAUCACUUCAGGAUCGGUGUCUCCAUUGUGAAGGGCAGCAUGCGUCUCUACGCCCCCUUCUACUCCUCAGACAUCAUCAUCUCAUCUCCGCUGGGCCUCCGCACUGUGCUGGGAGCAGAAGGAGAAAGUAAGCGAGACUUUGACUUCCUGUCAUCCAUCGAGCUGCUGGUGGUGGACCAGGCAGACGUCUUCUUCAUGCAGAACUGGGAACAUGUCUUGCAUGUGAUGAAGCACAUGAACCUGCAGCCGUUGGACUCCCAUGGAGUUGACUUUUCCAGAGUCAGGAUGUGGAACCUAAACAACUGGGCUCGACAUUAUAGGCAGACCCUGGUGUUCAGCUCCAUCCAGGACCCUCAGAUCAACAACAUCCUCACAAAACACUGCGCAAACUACAGAGGACAGAUCGCUGUAAAGAACAUACCAAAAACAGGCUCCAUCUGCCAGGUGCUGGUUCAGCUGCCACACGUGUUUCAGAUGUUUUCUUCAGACAGCUUCAUCGAUCAUGAUUCUCGGUUCCAGUUCUUUGUGGAUAAAGUGCUCCCUCAGUACAAGGACUCUGUUAUGUCCCACACUCUCAUCUACAUCCCGUCUUACUUCGACUACAUCCGGCUGCGAAACUACAUGAAGAAAGAGGAGAUUAACUUUACCUCCAUCUGCGAGUAUUCCAGCAAGUCAGAGGUGUCCCGAGCCAGACAUUUCUUCCAGAAAGGAAACAAGCAGUUUCUGCUCUUUACUGAACGAUUCCACUUCUACAAGAGGUACACCAUCAAAGGGAUCCAGAACCUGAUCUUUUAUGGACUGCCAUCCUUUCCUCACUUCUACAGUGAGGUGUGUAACAUGCUGGCAGCUGGGGGUCAGGGGGAGGAGGCCAGCUGGACCUGCACUGCUCUCUACUCCCGUUACGAUGCUCACAAACUGGCUGCCAUCAGUGGAGCACAGCGAGCCGGACAGAUGCUGCACUCUAACAAGACUGUUCACCUCUUCAUCACAGGAGGGGAGGAAAAAACCUCCUGAGGAUGCUGGAGGGACGAAGUGAGACCAUCGGACUAAAAACUUUGUAGAUGUAUGGAACUGAUUUUUUUUUUUUUUGGCUGAAAUAAGGUGAGAUUGUAACUUUUACUCUCAGUGCACCUAGGUAAAAAACAGGUUAUUGCUUUGUAUAGUGGGAACAUUAAACCAUAAUGUAAAAGACCAUAAAAUAUAUAAUCU